AUGCAGUCACGUCGUACACAGACAGGGUGCUCUACUGCUACGCAGAAUCGAGGCCGCGAAAAUAGUCCAGUGUGUUGCACUGCGCAUGUCCCGGGCGUUGGGCACCUAGUGCGGGUUGCCCAAGAUGACGAUGGAAGUAUUGUUCUUGCUGACAACAAAUGUCAGUGCGUCCGGGUUACUUCCAGGAUUGUCCCCUCUCCAGAAAGUCCUUCUGGAGAUAUUGUGGAGAGAAACAUCAGAAUUAUUGUUCCUCUGAACAGCAGGGAGAAUAUCUCUGAUCCUACUUCACCAGUGAGAACCCAAUUUGUGUACCAUUUGUCGGACUUCUGUAAAAAAUGUGACCCUACAGAAAUUAAGCUGGAUAAUCAGAUAUUUACUGCCUCUCAGAGCGAUAUCUGUGAAGAAGAAGCCGAGACCUGUUAUACUUAUGACAGAAACAAGUGCUACACACAUAAGAUCCCAUUUUCCUAUGGUGGUAAGACCAUAAUGGUGGAUGCAGCCCUGACCCCGGAUUCCUGCUAUGCUGACUAAAUAAGUCAUUGCUAACUGCACAGCUGCUUACCUUUAGAGGCUCUCCAUUUACAUCGAAAAAGUUCAUGUUUUUACUACCAGUCAGUUUGAAACCAUGAUAUUUUUGAUAAUGUAAAACAUUAACCCCUGCAAUAAUGGAGGUAAUUACUUCUCAACUAUGUUUACUUCAUAAAUAUUGAAAAUUGUCACUUAUUCUUGCCUGAAGAGUAUAAGUCUUUAAGAAUACAACUUCUAGCAUUUACAAGAGGAUAAGGGGAAAAAAAUAAAAUUCAAAAAGUCAAAAUUAGGAGGCAUAGUAAAGUGGGGAGAAAAUUUUGUUUCUUCCCAUCUUUGCCUUAAUAUUUCUGUGACCCCACACCAAAAAGUUCUUUGUUUUUCCUUUUCUGUUUUUGGCUUUGCCUUGGAGAGCCAGAGCUUUUGCAUAUUUCAUUCUGUUUUCAAAAAGUAUUACUGUAUGGAGAAAAUUUUUAUGUAAACGAAGGCCACUUCUAUGUCUUCAUUAAAUAUAAUAAUUAGAAAACAUGUUUUGAAAAUAUAAAAAUAAUUUAUAAGUGAUCACUAAUAUUUGUGAACUCUGUCAGUUGAAAAUGACAUAAUUAAGUGUAUAAUGAAAAAUAUAUUUUGACAUAACACAGAUUUGUUAGCCAGUGAUACAGAUUUUUCUUUUUUUGGUAAACUUUAUAAUUGGGAUAGUGAAACAAUACCCAUUGGAAAUCAUCUAUGUUGUAACUGAACCGAAACAAGUAUGUAUCCCAAAAUAUGUAUUCUCUAGCACAGUUUGAAUAAUUAAAUAGACUUAUAAGCAUA